AGAGAGAGAGAGAGAGAGAGAGAGAGAGAGAGAGAGAGAGAGAGAGAGAGAGAGAGAGAGAGAGAGAGGCUGCCUGAGGAAAGGAAAAGGGGUGGGGACGGCAGAGGGUGAAUGCAGGAAAGUUUUGCUUCGUAGCAACAAGUUGGAGAAACUCAGCAAACUGCAACAAAAUCCUCAGCCAGCUCGACAGCAAAGCAAACAGCGUGGGACUGAACACACACUCCCACUCCCACACAGGUCGAGGAGAGAGAGCAGAGCUUUAUUCCACGGUGUGUGUGUGUUAGCUAGCACAUUAGCCAGCCACGUUAACAAUGUGUGAGGACGCAGUCCAAGCAGAGAGGAACAGCAUGGUGAGCAGCACCCACGAGAGCCAGGACCUGAUGGUCCCCAGCCUCGACCAACCCUCCCCCAGUCACAGCCUCUCCCAGCUGGGCACAGGAGCUCCUGGAGGAACCACCACCAAGGAGGGGCCACUAAGCCCAACACUGACCCCAGGGACGGGCCCGGUUAACGCCAUCACGGUGCUGACCCUCCUGGACAAACUGGUCAACAUGCUGGACACGGUUCAGGAGAACCAGCACAAGAUGGAAGAGCGUCAGGUGGAGAUGGAGGGAGCGGUGAUGGGGAUCCAGACAGACAUGACCAAGCUGUCCAAGAGCCACACACACACCGCCAACACCGUAAGCAAGCUGCUGGACAAGAGCCGCAAGGUGUCCGUCACCAUGAAGGAGGUGCGCGACAGGAUGGAGCGACAGGCUGGACAGGUGAAGAAGCUGGAGGCAAACCACUCCCACCUGCUCAAGAGGGACAACUUCAAAGUGCUCAUAUUCCAGGAGGAGAAUGAAAUCCCAACCAGUGUGUUUGUCAAGGAUACUGUUCCUUUCCCCCGUGAAGCUGAGGAGGGGGAGGAGACCACCGCUGUCAUCGACACCAACCGCUCCACGGAGGAGGGGCUUCACACCAUCGACCUAUCCUCGGACGAGGACGUAGGGCUGGAGGCGGACCUGGACGAGGUGGGAGAUGACGUAUACGAGCUGGCCGGAGAGCACACAGACAAAUCCCGCACGGAUAAGUUUAAACGCUCUAGUCUAAAGAAGGUGGACAGUCUGAAGAGGGCCUUCUCCAAAGCGAAUAUAGAGAAGAAGAUGAACAAGAUUGUGUCACAGGAGAAACGAGAGAAGAUGAAGAAGAGCCUGACACCCAACCACCCAAAGAGUUCCUCCUUCAAAGUGUCCCCUCUCACGUUCAGCAUCAAGAAGAAUCGUAAGUCUGAGGGCCAACCUGAAGCUGAAGCAGAGGUGGAGGCCUCAUCCCAGACCGGGGUCUCGCCUACUGCCGUGGCCUCCAUUGAGAUCUCCCCGCUGGCCAGCCCUGAUGAGGAGGUCCUCUUCACCGAGGUGCACUCCCAACUGGCUCCAGGGCUGGAGGAGUCCAAGGCUGAGGCUUUGGAGAUGGAAGAGGUGGCUGUCAGUGAAGUUCCAGAAUCUGACGAAAUUCCAGAAUCCAACGGUUUUUCUGAUUCCAAACCGUUCCUAGAAUCCGACGUUCCUGAGGCGGAUGUGGAUCUGUCGGUUAUGACGGAGGGAGUGAGGGAGGAGUACACUCUCUCUGCCACGCUCCCACAUGAUGCCUUCCACUCUAUCUCGCCCUUCGAUGAGGAAGACAGGGAGGAGAAAGUGCAGAGGGAGAAAGAGUAGGAGAAGGAAGGAGAGAAAGAGUAGGAGAAGGAAGGAGAGAAAAAGUAGAAGGAAGGAGAGAAGAAAGUGUAGAAAGAGGUGGAGGAGAAGGAAGAGGAGUAGGAGAAGGAGGGGAGACUUGUGGAAGAGGAGGCCCAGCGGUCAAAGUCCCCUAAAACACACACACACAAAAUAAAUACACCUAUACCUAUUCCAUAAAAUACUUCCCCAUUCCCACUCCCACACUCUGCCCAUCAUCCUCUAAAAAACUCAGACAGACCCUCUGUUCAAAAACACACACACACACACACAAUUACAGUUAAUGUCUGUGUGUCUUCCUGUAUGUCAUUGUGUGCAAUCUAUGUGCUUGCAUGUGUGUGUGUGUGUGUGUGUGUGUGCGUGCGUGCGUGCGUGCGUGCGUGCGUGCGUGCGUGCGUGCGUGUGUGUGUGUGUGUGUGUGUGUGUGUGUGUGUGUGUGUGUGUGUGUGUGUGUGUGUGUGUGUGUGUGUGUGUGUGUGUAUGUGUGUGUGUGUCAGGGGCAGAUGUCUGUUUCACAUGUGAAAAAGGAUGAUGAAGUUGUUAAAAAGGUAUAAUUAUCUUCUUAUGCUACUGCUUAAAGUUUAAACAUAAACCUAUAUUUGUUUUUGUAAGAUGCUAACUUUGUUUGACCUAAUAGAUACAAUUCAAGCCAAUCAGUACAAUACUAGUUACAGAUAACGUGAUCUAACCAAAGAUUGGCGAUACUGUCUUCCAUCUCGAUUCUGGGAAACAGUUAUUUUAGAAAUGCUUCUAUCCAGUGGCAGGGGGUUCUAUAAAAAACACUGAAAACUCAGAUAGUAAAUCCAUGUUUUGUACCACACAAGGAGGAUCCUCGCCAUCUUAGCUACAUCUAGAAUUUCCCAGCAUCUACGACAGAACUAGUCAUUUCUAUGUGAAGCGGCCACGGCCAGACAGUGUGUCACGUUAAAACAAAGCUCUACACACAUUGAUACAAAACAUGGAUUUACUAUCUUUCUGAGGUUUCUCUGCUGUUUGUAGAACCACCUGCCACUGGACAUGGACGUUUAUAAGAUAACUGCUUUCCAGAAUUGAGAACAAAGAGAGUAUCGCCAAUACCAGGUUAAUUGAAGAAUCUAUAGCAGCGUUUUCUAUCGGCAAAUCUGUAACUCCUAGUAAUGGAUACCAAAACUCUUUGGUUAUAUCACAUUAUCUGGUGUACAAUCUGUAGCUAUCAUCAUUUAUGAUCCUUGAAUAUCUUCGUACUGUAUCAUCUCUCAGUGAAUGUAUAGAAAACAUAGAGAUAUAGCAUGGCAACAGUUGAUAAUAAAACAUUAUAAGGGUUCAUACCACAGGGCCGUGGCACCUCCAUUGGGGAGGACGGCCUCCUGGUAAUGUCUCGAGCAGAAUAAGUGGAUUAGUAUCAAAUCCAUCAAUGCCAUUCCGUUCACUCCGUUCCAGCCAUUACAAUGAGUCGUCCUCCCCUCAGCAGCCUCCCCUGGUUCAUACAUAAUGUACAACAGGUAAUAACGUAUUAUUGUAUAUCUGUCGGCUUCAAGUAAAGUGUUAGUGAAGUAGUCUAUGUAGCCUUCUCUUAAUCCACUGGUGCCAAAGAAACUCCUCUUCAAUAUAUCGUCCAGAUUGUUAAAACUGUGAUUGUCAUGUUUCUUGCUCUUAUAUAUAAAAAAAGAAGCUAUCUCCAGAAUCCUUAGAAUUCUAAAUAAAAACAUUGAAGCUGUCCUCCUCUCUCUUUAAUUCCUCCUGUUGGGGACUUGUUGAUUUGGAUUAGACUAGAUUAUAGACAUACAGAUGAUAAAUUAGACAGCUAUUGGUUGUCCUGUUCAUUACAGCCACAGUGCGUAAUAUUUCCAGUAAGUUCAAGUAGUAAAAUACACACCUUGAAUUUGAGCCAUAUGAUCGAUUGCUAUUUGCAUGUGAAAAUGUGCUCCAGGCUCAAGGCCUACCUUCCACUCUGAUGGUGUGAUGGAACAUUUUAUGUUUGUGCUUUUCUAAUAACCAAUUUCUGUGUUCGGUUUGUGCUUUUCUAGUAAGCAGUUUAUGUAUUCAUGCAAGUGACUGAAUCCUUAUUAUCAGUAUCUGCAAUUUGGCAGUACGCCCUGAACCUUGUUUUGAGAACAAAAUAAUAUCUCAGUUUCAAGGUUUCAGCUUGGAGAGAAGAAGCCUCAUGAGGUAUUGGUCUGUCACAUACAUGAACCAAACGUUAAUGAUGAAUUAAUUAUGAAUGAUAAGCAAAGUCAUGCCUAUGUAACGUGUCUGUAAGCAGUAUAUAAUAGCUCUAACGGGACUGCCCCGAAAGAGCUCCUGACAGACGUGCACUAUGGUGCAUCAAGUUUGUUGGAACCUCUCCAGUUAACUGUUAAUAAACAAUGUUUCAUUUAA